AGGAGAUUCUGUUACCGAGUAUUUGACAGCUCUUUAGUUUUUUGACUUUCAGCACUUUUUCUGAUCUUUGUGUUUUCUUGUCUCACACAUCUACAAUGGCACUUUGGAAAUGUAUCGCUCUGCUGUGUCCGUUUCUGUUUUUCGCCCAAAUUUGUUCAAUGCCAACAAAAUGCAAGCAGAUGGAUCUCGUGGAAACAACUCACAGUCUACUUGAGAAUAUGGGAGGGCUUUUUCCUCGUGAAUGUUUAAAAGAAAAUGUUAAAAUAAGCUUCCCGACAUCUGCACUGCAAUCAAACGACUCCAAUCAGAACAUUGGUGUAGCAAAGGCAGGGUAUAAAAUCAUGGAGCACAUUGACUACCUGUUUGCUAACGACAGUCAUCCAGAAUCCUGGAACCAGAAGAAAGUGGAGGAUUUCCAGAACAUAGUUUAUCGUUUAUGUAUUAUGGGGAGAAAGCACGAGCGACCCGUGGAUGAUCUUCCCACAACAGGAGAUGCUCUGAAAACCUACUUUGAUAAACUGGCCUCUCUCCUCAGAAACAAGGACUACAGUGUGUGCGCGUGGGAGGUGGUUCGAAAGGAGCUCCUGCUUGUUCUUAAUCUCACGCUUAACCUGACGUCAUUCUGUAAAUUAUUCUGA